AUGUCAAACUCAACAGAAAACAAACAUAUAGCAGUGUUUGCUUUCCCCUUCGGAACCCACGUUAUUCCUCUCUUGAACCUUGUCAUCAAACUAGCGAAAGCCGCUCCACACUGUUCUUUCUCAUUCAUUUCCACAGAGAAAUCUAAUGCACUAAAUUUCCCAAAACCCCACAUACCGAUUAACAUCAAGACACACAACAUAAGUGAUGGAGUCCCAGAGGGUCACCCACUAGCCAACCACCCGAUUGAAAAAGUGAAUUUUUUUCUCAAAACUGGUGUUGACAACAUCCACAAGGGUAUACAACUGGCGGAAGCAGAAACAAAGACGAGAGUCACUUGCAUCAUCGCCGAUGCUUUUGUAACCUCUUCUCUCCUCGUGGCCAAGAAACUCGAUGUUCCUUGGAUCGCGUUUUGGCCUCCCGUCUCAUGCUCACUUUCUCUAUAUUUCUACGUUGACAUGAUUCGUCAACACCAUGCAAACUGUGAUGCAAAUGCAACCAUGGAUUUCCUUCCCGGUUUGCCUAUGAUGCACGUUGUAGAUAUGCCACACGAUCUUCUCUUUGUUGGUGAAAAGGAGACAACCUUUUCAAGGGAAUUAGUUUCGCUGGGUACGGUGCUACCUCAAGCUAAGGCAGUAGUUGUGAAUUUCUUUGAGGAAUUAGACCCACCGUUGUUUGUUCAAGACAUGAGAUCCAAGUUGCAGUCUAUGUUUUAUGUUGUUCCUGUUAGCUUCCCUACAUUGUCUGUCACAGAUUCAAGUGGAUGCUUGUCAUGGUUGGAUACGAAGAGUUCUAGAUCAGUGGCAUACGUUUCCUGUGGGACUGUCGUGAUUCCAUCUCCACAAGAGCUUGAGGCGAUGGCAGAGGCAUUGGAAGAAAGUGGGUUGCCAUUUAUUUGGUCUCUAAAGGAAAAUGUAUUGCCUCUUUUGCCAAAAGGGUUUGUUGAGAGGACCAGUGCGCGAGGGAAAAUAGUGUCUUGGGUUCCACAAACCCAAGUUUUGGCACAUGAUUCGGUAGGAGUAUUUGUGACUCACUGUGGAUCUAACUCUGUGACUGAGAGUCUUUCAAGUGGGGUUCCUAUGAUCUGCAGGCCAUUCUUUGGAGAUCAAGGGGUGGCUGCGAGAGUGAUAGAGGGUGUUUGGGAGACUGGAGUCAUAAUAGAAGGUAGAGUGUUCACCAAAAGUGGAUUGCUUAAAAGCUUGAAUCUAAUUUUGGUGCAGGAAGAGGGGAAAAAGAUUAGAGACAAUGCUCUUAAGAUGAAGAAGACUGUGGAAGAUGCAGCUACGCCUGAAGGGAAAGCAGCACACGAUUUCAUCAAUUUGGUGAAACUAAUUUUUACACCUUGA